CGAUAAAAACUGACACAAAUGAACGCUUACAGAGCAAUCAAAUAGAAAAGCAUAUCGCGGCAAUAACAAAACGUAAUUUCCGUUAACAAGUUGAAAAAUAACGUAGACAUCUUUUGUGCCGUAACUCGUGUCAAUAGAUCUCGUAAUGUACGCGGACGUAAUCGUACCUAAAUCAUAUGAUAAACGGUAGAGUUCCUUUUAGUGAAAAAGUGUUCAGUCAUCUUUUUCUAUUAUGCAGUAAUAUCAUUGAUAAUAAACAGCGAAUAGCAAUCCAAAUUAAAGUUGUCUUUCGUUGUUUUUCUUUUUUUUUCCCCUCUCUUAUUUUUAUAAUAUCGUGCUUUUGUGAUUUUUCACUUUGAAAAAUACAGCGUACGACACAUUUUAAACAAAAUGAUGCAAUUUAUGUUAUUGUUCAGUCGUCAAGGGAAGUUGCGCUUGCAAAAAUGGUAUGUUGCACAUCCAGAUAAAUUGAAGAAGAAGAUCACGAGAGAAUUAAUUACUACAAUACUUGCGAGAAAACCAAAAAUGUCAAGCUUUUUAGAGUGGAAAGACGUUAAAGUCGUUUAUAAAAGAUACGCGAGUUUGUAUUUCUGUUGCGCUAUAGAGCAGAACGACAAUGAAUUGCUUACCCUUGAAAUUAUACACCGUUACGUCGAGUUAUUGGAUAAAUACUUUGGCAGUGUAUGCGAGUUGGAUAUAAUCUUUAAUUAUGAAAAAGCAUAUUUUAUAUUGGACGAAUUACUAGUUGGCGGUGAGAUACAGGAAACAAGCAAGAAGAAUGUGUUGAAAGCCAUUGCAGCUCAGGAUUUACUACAGGAGGGUUCAGUUCAUCAUUUGAAGCUGCAUCAAGAAGAUAACUUAAGUCAAAGUAGGAGGAAACCCCUCAAGGAUUUUUUGAAGAUCACGGAUUGGGAUAAUAUUUUUACCAAGAGUUCUAUUUUCUUUCCAAUUGGCAAGACAUUCUAUGGGAAUGGUUCUAUCAUUCCAGGACAUUGAUUGCAUUGUAUGUGUAAGCUACUACUUUACUUAAACUAUUAAGAAUUAGUAACGCAAAAAAAUCUCCUAAGAAUCAGUAAAUGUUAUUUUCAUUAUACACAAUAUUAAAAUUAUUAACAAUUUUAAUAAGAGAUAUGUUAUUCUACUAUUGAAAAUUAUUCAAAGAUUUAAUUAAGUUAAAGAUUAGCGUAAUAAAUGUAUUACGCCAAGUCACCGGUCAGUAUUUCUAAAUUAGGUACACAGUCGUUUUACAAUUAGCAAUGUUACAUAUCAAGUAAACGAAGGAAAACUUUGGAAUGAAUUAUUUUACUUAUAUUACUUCAUAAUCAUAAUUUUUCAAGUUGUUUACAUUUUAUUUUCAUACCGACCUAAUGACUGAUGCAUCAUUUGUAAAAUGUACUUACAAAUAAUUAUUAUUAUUAUAUUGUUUAUACAAGUAAUUAAUGAUUGCAUUUAGAUAGACUGCUCUGUUGGACCUUGGGUGCAUAAUUAUAUUUAGUUAACCCGUGUAAACGUGUAUAUAAAUAUAGUAUGAAAGUUAUAUAGAUUUUUUUUUACUCGACAAUUUAGCAUUAUACUGUUGAUGAUCGCAUAAACGAAUUUAUAUUUAAGGAAGGCUAUUGUUAUCGAAUACAUAGUAAAUUACAAUUACAUUUUCAGAUAUUUGUUAAUUAUGCAUUUCAAUAUAUACUCCAAGUAGGUUUAUCACGUUUGAUCAUUAUAUCAUGUUAUAAUUUUCUCGUUGAGAAUAUAAUAUUCUCCCUAAUUUAUCUAACAAAAAGAAAGAAAAAUAAUGUUUGACUAUUUAACAUAUUUAUACUACUUAUCUAUAAGGGGCACAUCAAAAGUAUGAGUAUUAAAGAUUGCUUCAAAUUGAAAUGUUUGUAGGAUACAGGUAACUCCUGUUAUACGAAUUCUUUCACUUUACGAAAUUUCUUUGAAUUACCUUUCGCAUAUGUACAUAUGUGUGUGUGUGUGCGCGCGCGUAUAUAUAUAUAUAUAUAUAUAUAUAUAUAUGUGUGUGUGUACAUACAUAUGUGUGUAUAUAUAGUAUCUAAACAAAUGCAUAUUUUAUUUGAAAUUAUUAUUAAUAUUAUCAAUGGUGGGGCAAAAAUGAAUUUUGAGAGACAGAUGACACGUUUGUUGCAUUUUGUUUAUGGAAAAUUCACAAUUUUCGUUUUACGAAGAAUGGAUUUAAUUAAUUCGUAAAAGCGGGAGCUAUCUGUGUAUUGAAGUUAUUCUUCAAUUUAAAAGUGACAAUAAUAUACUUACAUACAUGUAUAUAAUAUAUGUAUGUGUAUAUAAAUAUAUAUAUAUAUAUAUAUAUAUAUAUAUGUACGUAUAUGUAUAUGUAUAUGUAUAUGUAUAUGUAUAUGCAUACGCAUAUGUACAUGUAUAUGUAUAUGCUAAAGUAUUAUCUCACAGUAUUUAGAUAAAGGAUUAUAUAACAUAUCGUUUGGAUAAAUGGUACCUAUCAGUCGUCUGAUUUUCUUCAUUAAACGCAGUUAACUAUAACGUAGAGCUACGUAACAGGAUUGCGAAUUAAAAAGUGCAAACUGAUUAGAUCCAUCGCUGAAAUGAAAGAAAUUGGAAUAACUGUAUAAUUGCUUUGUAGGAAAUAUUCAUAAGUAGCCCAAAAGCCAUUUAACUUGUCGGAAGCUUUAUCGUUACACGUCAAUUUUGUGAAAAUAUUUUCACGAAUUAUAAUCGUAUAAUUAAAAAAAAUAAAUUGAUCGUUGUUUAUAUAAUAUCAAACGAGAGGAUGAUAUGUAAGUUAGAAGAAAAAUACGAUAGAAAAUGUAGUUAACAUUAUUUUGAUUUUAUCUCGUAGGAUUUCAAAAUAUUUGCCUUAAACGCAGAUAUUUUUCAUCGCAGUGUAAUCAAAAGUAGGUCAUAAAAUAUUUUAUAUCCUAUGUUAUCUAUCAUCGACUGCACACACAUUUAUAAAAAAGAAAAAAAAAAGAAAAAAAAGAAAAAAAAAGAAAAAAAUAUUGAUAGGAUAACAUUUACCGAUGUUAAAAUUAAAAUAUGUAUGUAUUUUAUGUUAAGAGUAGAAAAGUAUAUGUCGCAUUGACAAACGAUGCUUUGUGCUCCGUCCAUAAUAAAGGAAACAAAUAUAUAU